CUGAGAUGGGUUGUGGACUGAACAAAUUAGAGAAGCAUGAUGAAAAACGACCUGGUAAUAUCUAUUCAACUUUGAAGAGGCCUCAGGUGGAAACCAAGAUAGAUGUCUACUAUGAAUAUCAAUUCCUGGACUUCACAACACUAAAUGAUACUGAGCUGCCAGGAUCAUCUGCAAUCAAGCUUUCCUCCUUGCAUGAUCUUCCAGCUCAGCUGCAAGAAUUGUACCAGCAGGGCUUCGUCUUGGCUGCUGUCCACCCUUUCGUGCAACUGACUGAUGAAAAAGAGAAAACUCCCCAGGAGCAAAUCUUCAGGGCUGUGCUUAUCAAGAAAACAGAAAGGUCUCCAAAAGGUGAUGGCCAUAGUGAAGGAUAUAUCUUGGAGAUAGAGUGCUGUUCCUCUUUAAACCAGCUUGCAGACAAAACCGAGAUACCUGAUUUUAUUAAGAAAAUUCAAGAUGCUGCAAGUCGAGGCUUGAAAUUUGUUGGAUUUAUACCUCAGUACUGUUCCCAAAAGGACUGUCUUGUCAGCACCUCCCUGACACCCACCUGUAAUGACUCUGUGCAAUCAAGAGAUAAUAAAAAUGUUUCAAAUUACCCGGACGAUCAUGCUUCACCAGACGGGGAGAAAAUAGAUGGCAUUAAUGGAUGCAGUACUCCAGCACUAAGUGAGGAAAGUGGUGACCAAUGUGCCACAUCCAGGGACAGCUGUAGAGGUGAAGGACAGGGAACUGAAGAGCUGAAUCUCAAGUCUGCAAAGGGAAAUGAAGAAGAGUUUGAACAUGGGAACCCAAGUGUCACAGAAGCAGCAGACAAGCCGAAUGGACUUGAAGAGAAUGAAACACCAGCACGAUGCUUAAAACCGCUUACUGGCAAAAGAGAGAUCUUCAUUCUCUUCAACAAGCCAAAAACCCCACAAAGAUGCAGCCAAUAUUAUACAGUGACUAUCCCUAUGAGGAUCUCCAGGAAUGGGCAGACUGUCAACAGCUUAGAAGCAAACUGGCUGGAGCACAUGACAGACCACUUCAGGAAAGGAGGCUCACUGGUAAACGCCAUCUUCAGCCUUGGAAUGGUAAAUGAUUCUUUACAUGGGACAAUGGAUGGAGUAUUUCUCUUUGAAGAUGUUGCUGUGGAAGACAACAAAACCGUGCAGGGCUAUGAUGCAAUUGUUGUAGAGCAGUGGACUGUCUUGAAGGGAGUCGAGGUGCAGGCAGAUUAUGUUCCUCUGCUGAAUUCCCUUGCCCUGUAUGGCUGGCAGCUGACCUGCGUGCUGCCCACUCCCAUUGUGAAGACAAACAGGGAAGGGAAUUUGUCUACAAAGCAAAUUGUAUUUCUUCAGAGACCUUCUUUGCCCCAGAAAGCAAAGAAGAAGGAAUCUAAGUUUCACUGGAGGUUCUCCAAAGAUGAUGUGCACAACAGACAAAUGAAGAAAUCCAUGAAGGCAAAAUUAAGUAUGAGGGAGAAACAAAUGGCAGAGAAGCAAGAAUUUGAAGUCUCAGAGAACACAAGAAACUUAGAAGCACAGAUCUCAGCAGCAGCCAAGCCUGAUCCAGAACAGCAGCUGGAUGAUGUCAUAGACUUGGGAGAUGAGGCAGCAGGGACCAACGACAGUGGCACCCACCACGAUGGGGCGUCAGAAGAAACAUGUCCUGCCAGUUAUGACACUGAUGACAAUGAGGCACAGGUCUGCCUCAGCCAGAGCACAUCUGGUUGCUGUGCCGACCAGGGGACAGAGGGGGCAGACUGUGCUCCGGUGCCCGACGGCUGCAGUGGCAGCCAUGGGGUGGGGCUGGAGGUGGACAGUGGCAGCUCCUGCCCGUGAGACCUGCUGUCAAGAAUCCUGUGAGUUGUUGAUACUUUGCAAAAAGAAAAGAACAGAUUUGGCUAAUCACCAUCUCUAACUCCAUUGCUCAGUUCAGCGUUUCUUUAGCACUGUACUUAUAUCGCUCCUUAGCACACUGAUAUCUGGUAUUUGAAGUAACUACAGGGCCUGGGGCCUUUGAACACACAGAAAUUAAUUGCAAAAUUCUGUCCACUGUACAGAGUGGGAAAUGCCCUGCACUGUCUCCUUGAGCCACACUUUAAUUUAAAAAAGUAGGGACAGAAAACAUACUGGGUUUUUUCUGUGACCAACCUGAGCAAACUAGGUUUGUAUCUAGGUCAGGAUAAACGUUCCUCUUGGUCACAUUUUGCUCUAUAAUACUUUCUUGACCACGUAUCUUUGCUGGAGAAGUUAUUGUGCCAUAUGUUAUUUUGUCAUUAAGCUUUUAGUGUCAGGAAAUGGUAUUUGGGCUUAAACAGGCUGAAAUGGGAAAGCUUAGCUAAGAUGGCUGUUUUCUGUAUUUAACGCAAAUUGCGCACUCACUGGUGAUACUCUCUUCUGAAUGUUAUUAAUUGUUGCAGGUCUGCAAGCAAUAAGCAAAUCAUGUGCCUGUUGUGGGCACAGUGAGUAAACAACACCACGGUGAAUCUGUGCGAGGCAGAUGAUUCCAGUAUAAAAUGCAGUUUCCUAUUUGCUCACUGGUAGGUUCUCUUUGCCAAGCCACAGGUCAUCAGGAGUUGUGGGGGCUUCAGAAUAUAGAAAAACAAGGAACAAAAUCACAGGUAAAAGGUACAUCUUUCAGUGGCCAUCUUGACUAAAAUUUGAAUUAGAUGUUACCUCCUGACCCUCCCAGGUGACUUUGCACCAUCUCCUCACUGUUAUAAAAUAAGUUGUGGUAAAGAACUGAAAUUGUACACAAAUGGCAGGGGUCGGUGGGCAACAAAUGUCACUAAAUUAUCUUAAUGAAUGGAAAUACCUUAAUAGAGGAGGGUUUUUUUAAUAUAAGUAACCAUAUUUUGGGACUGAUACUUAAUGAAAUUCAGUACAAUUACCAACAUUUUUAUGUCUGGAGCUACAUUAAGAUAUUUACAAGUGAAUGUACAUGUUUUGCAUAGUUUCUGUGGCAAUGUUCUCCAAGUACUUCAGUGUUCUUAAAGAUAUAGGAAUUAGUUGUUUCUUUCUUCUUAACCACUUUCAUCCCCAUUUAGAAGUGGUCAAGUAAUCUGGGAACAAGGUGAGAAUACAUUUUAAAGUCCCAUGCUUUUUGUUCUUUUAAGGCAAGAGGCUCCAUAAGUGAUUUGCUGUUUUUUCCCUUGACUGAUUUUUGCCUGAUAAUAUUGCUUAGGCUUCAAAUCAAAGUGCUGUACAAAUAACUAUGUUCUGUAUCAGAUGUGCACUUAAGAGUGCUUCAAAAGCAUCUUCCACACCUAAAAAUGUUACAGUUGGGAGAGCAUUGCAGACAAGGGAAAGAUCAUACCACUUGGAAUAUUCAUCUAAACUGGGACGACGACACUCAAGUUUAAACCGUUCCAUUUCAUACACACAAAGCACGGGGGAAUUCCUUCCAUUGAUUAAAGAGGUUUUUAUUUUUAAUUCAGUGGUUCAACCACAGGUCUAUAACUUUUAUUUCUGGUGGUAUUUUUCAGUUAUUUCAUUCUGUUUCUUGAGAUUACGCUGAAAUUCCAACAGCCUCAGUUGUUUCAGUUGCUCUACUUAAAUACAAGGUCUGCUCUGUACAGUUUGAAGUACCUGUUUGCAAAUUUUAUUAGCAUAAGAUGGUUUCUAUUUUAAGAACUAGCUUUGUAUUAAUCUUGUUUGAAGAUUCACUGUAUUUAAUGAACAUUUUACUAGUAGAAAGUGUUGCAGUAGCAAGAACCGUCCAAAUACUUUUGAAUAGGAAGUGUUUAUUGGAUUGCUAUUUGACCUUGUGACUGGAUCCCAACUGCUUACGAAACUAAAGAAAAAUAAAGGUCAUGAGGAGAUUUCUCAUUUGUGGU